AUGGAGGAAGACCACCAGGAAAUAGAGAAAAGGGGAAAUGAAAACCCAGAAGUGGACUAUUCAUUUCGGUGUGCAAAUUUGUUUAUUGUUGAUGGAACGCAGGGUAUGCAUAGGAAUCGUGGCCCGAACACCAACUCGUACUUCCAAGAGGCUCUUGCCAUGUACGAGAGAAUCUUGAGACAAAAACUCAUUCGGAAUAGGGACGAUUGGAUGGGUUUAGUGCUUUUUGCUACAACCACUAGUGAUCCUGAGAUUAAGAACAUUCUGACGGUUUUGGAGUUUGGUCAAGUCUCUGUGGAGAUGCUCAAAAAACUCUUGUACAUACAAAAUCGCAAGCUCCCCUACUACGCGAGCAUCGCCUCCGAGGUAGCGUAUCCCCUUUCCCAAAUUCUCCUCCACGCCGCACGUUCCUUCGACUCCAUAAAGAAAAAAAUGACAACUCGUCAAGUGAACCUCAUCACCUGCCACGACGAUCCUCCCUUCAACGACAAUGAUGCACGACAGCAAGCUUUUAUUGUCGCCAAAAAUUUUAAGGACAUUCAAGUGGGCCUUAAGGUCGUUGGUUUCGGUGAUUCCUGGAGCUUUGACUUCUACAAGCAGCUGGAGAUGCUGGCGUCUGACAGCGACAAGGAACCCAAAAGAUCACUCCCCUUGGAUAUUGAACGAGAAGUCAUGAAAAGGCAGGUGGCUCUGGGACAGAUAGACCUGAGGAUUGGUGAGAAAGUCCUGAUGAAAGUCCAGCUCCAGACGAUCACCAAGACUCGUCCUACGCUACGCAAGAUCGCCAUGGAUAAGGCGACCAAUGAACCCCUCGAUAGCUACUUUCAUUACAAGAAAAUUGAUGAUUUCUUCGACGAUGAAGAGCCAAAUGAAGAUGAUGAUGACAGUGAGGAUAUCAUGAACUCAAGCAUCAGGAAGUGGCAGCGGGUGGGUGGACGGGACAUCCUUCUUACGCUGAAGGAAGCCAAGGGCAUCAAUCAGUUGAAGCCCAAGGGCAUUGAGAUCCUGAGGUUCGAGAAGGCUUUGAAAGAGCCUCCUUGGUAUCACAUUCCUCCUGCAUUGUUCCUCGGGGUUCCUGUUGAUGCGUCCCCUAAUGAGAAGAAGCUCUUCGCUGCUUUGUUCGUCAAAUGUCAGGAGAAAGGAGUAAUGGCAAUUUGCGCAGCAACAGUCAGAGCCAAUGGAAGAACACAUUUAUUCAGGAUGUGGCCAUGCCCUGAAUACCACGGUUUCAACUUCACUCGAAUCCCUUUUGAGGAGGAGAUCAACAAAUCGCACGAGGCCUUAAUGAAGAGCGAGGCAACUGAUGGACUAGAGAUGUACAAUGAUGAGAAGAAGCUGAACAUCAUGGAGAAGGUAAUCAAAAGGUUUAGGAUCAACUACAGCCCUGCAAUAUUUCCCAAUCCAAAAUUGUCAAAGCAGCAACAGUAUAUACUGGCGCUAGCUCUGAACGAGGAGUGGGAUGAAGAGAAGAACUUUGAGGACUUCACGAAACCUGCAGUGGAUAUCCUGCAGAUGAGCCUGAGUAAGAGAGGCCUACUUGAUUCGUUCUUCGAGAUUUUUCGCAGCACGAUGGAGAAUGAGAUCAAUCAGGCGGUCAAGGUGGUGAGGUACGAUAGGGAAACCGCCGAGAGAAUGAUUCAGGGAAAUCUUUCUAUGUAUACGGUUCCUCAGUUGAGGGCUCUACUGAGGGCCCUCAAUCAGCCAAUUACUGGAGUUAAAGCUGUUCUCAUUGAGAGAUGUCAGGAUUAUGCGGGAGCCAUGUAAAGAUAAGUCACUGUCAAUCUAAUAAAUGAAAUAUCUUGUAACAAAUGUACGUAAUUAGAAGUGAAUAAAGUUCACGUAUUUUUUUGUAAUCCAAUAA